GUCACAAUCAAGCAACUAGCAGCACCGCCGUACGUCACUGUCAAAACGCCGUUUAGCUGAAGCAUGGAGGUGUUGGUGUAGCGUCUCAGUUUAUUUUAAAUAAGUUGAUUUGCCGAAUUACUUAAUUGAAUAAGUGAAAAUAAUUGACAAUAGUGUUAUUGUGAGUUUUCAAGAUGUUGGUGCUAUUUGAAACAUCGGCGGGAUACGCCAUUUUCAAGUUGCUGGACGAGUCCAAGUUGUCACAGAUUGAUGACUUAUACCAAGAGUUUAAUACACCGGAGGGGGCUUCCUCAGUGGUAAAACUAAAGAAUUUCAUAAAGUUUGAAGAUACUGCUGAAGCUCUAGCAGCUACCACAGCAGCUAUUGAGGGCAAAGUGUCUAAACCAUUGAAGAAAGCCCUCAAAAAGUACAUUAGCAAGGAGGUGCAGGAUCAGCUCCUUGUAGGUGAUGCUAAGCUAGGGAGUGCCAUCAGAGAAAAGUUUGACUUGCAAUGUGUGUCUAACAAUAAUGUUCAGGAGUUGCUCAGAUGUAUCCGCUCUCAGAUGGACAGCCUGCUGGCAGGUCUGCCAAAGAAGGAAAUGACAGCUAUGGCCCUUGGUUUAGCUCAUUCACUGUCCAGGUACAAGUUGAAGUUCUCUCCAGACAAGAUUGAUACUAUGAUUGUUCAGGCUCAAUGUUUGCUUGACGAUUUAGACAAAGAACUUAACAAUUAUGUCAUGAGAUGCAGAGAGUGGUACGGAUGGCACUUCCCAGAGCUGGGCAAGAUUAUCACUGACAAUACACUGUUUGUGAAAAUAGUCAAGCUGAUUGGAACCCGUGACAAUGCUUCUCAGACAGAUCUGUCUGAUAUUUUACCUGAAGACUUGGAAGAGAAAGUAAAGGAGGCAGCUGAGAUCUCCAUGGGUACUGAGAUAUCUGACGAUGAUAUCUUGAACAUACAGAAUCUGUGUGAUGAAAUCAUCUCUAUCACAGACUACAGAACACAUCUAACAGAUUACUUGAAAGCUAGAAUGAUGGCCAUGGCACCAAAUCUGACAGUUUUGAUAGGUGAACAUAUAGGAGCUAGGUUAAUUGCACAUGCUGGGUCUCUAAUGAACUUGGCCAAACAUCCAGCAUCAACAGUACAGAUCUUUGGAGCUGAAAAAGCUUUGUUUAGAGCCUUAAAAACAAAGAAAGACACACCUAAGUAUGGUCUCAUCUACCAUGCGCAGUUAGUUGGCCAGUGUAGUACCAAAAAUAAGGGUAAAAUGUCGCGUAUGUUGGCGGCGAAGGCAGCUCUAGCGACAAGGGUGGAUGCUUUUGGAGAAGAUGUGUCUUUCGAACUAGGAGCUGAACACAAAGUGAAGUUAGAGAACAGAUUGAGGCUGCUGGAAGAAGGAAACCUGCGGAGAAUCAGUGGAACAGGCAAAGCAAAGGCCAAAUUUGAAAAGUACCACAGCAAGAGCGAGGUGUUCCACUACCCAACUGCUGGAGACAGUACCCUGGGUCAGAAGCCAGUGAAGCGUGAGCACUCACCUGAUGAGGACGGCCCCUCGGUGUCCGCCAAGAAGAUUAAACUAGAAGAUGGUGCAAAUAACGUAACACCAAAGAAAGAAAAGAAAAUUAAAGUGGAAGUGAAAGAAGAGGCUGAAGACAAUAGCCAGGAGGAGCCUGUCUCAGAGAAGAAGAAGAAAAAGAAAAAGAAAUCUGAGAGCCAACCCGUCGAGGAGGCUGAGGAAGCUGUAGAGGAACCUAAGAGUGAAAAGAAAAAAAAGAAGAAACGGCAAUCACAACCUGAAGAGGAAUAGAUGAUAGGUAUAAUUGAGGAUUGCGGACCCACCACCACCUCACAGAUAUUAUGCAAUGAAAUAAGUCAGUGCGAAGUCAGGACUGGAAAUAAUUAAUAAGUGUUAAUUAUUAAUUUUCUAUUUCUAUGGCAACUUUCUCUUUGGUGUUGCCUAUACUGCCAGUGUCAAGCUUGUGAAUACUUAUAGAAUCUGUGACUUGCGAUUUGUGAACGCCUGUAAACAGAUUGAGCAAAUUGUCUUGUCAAACUUGUCUUUAUAAUUGCAUUUUAUGCAAAGUACAUGGAGUUCUGCUGACGUUACGGGUACGUAAAUUAUAGUACCUUAGAUUUUUAGAUAGAUAGCUAUAACAUGUGCAGGAUGGACAAUGAGAAAUCCUAUAGAUAAGGGAGUUGUUGCGUUCUAUUUUAUAAGUGAAAUUGUAUUAUAACACCAGUUAUAAUUAAAGAUUAUAUUCGUA